UCAUUCAUGCCGGCUGCAGAGUGGAACGCCGCUCUGCGAGCUCCCCGGCCCCCCCUGUGCGAGACGGUACUUCCGCUUCCUGCCCCAUUGUUGCAGAGCGAUGGCGGCGCGGGCUGGUUUCCAGUCGGUGACUCCGGGGGGAUCCGGGCCCGCGGCGGCCGCGCUAGUCCCUGGGACGCCCGGCCCAGCUGUGAGAAUGGGCCCCGCCCCGGGACAAGGGAUGUACCGCUCCCCAAUGCCUGGAGCAGCUUACCCGAGGCCAGGAAUUCUUCCAGGCAGUCGAAUGACACCUCAGGGACCAGCUAUGGGACCUCCAGGCUAUGGAGGGAGCCCUGCUGCUCGACCAGGCAUGGCUCAGUCAGGCAUGGACCAGUCCCGCAAGCGACCUCCACCUCAGCAAAUACAGCAAGUGCAGCAACAACAGGCAGCUCAAAAUAGGAACCACAGUACUAAGAAGAAGAAGAUGGCGGAUAAGAUUCUACCUCAGAGGAUUCGGGAGCUUGUACCUGAAUCUCAGGCUUAUAUGGAUUUGUUGGCUUUUGAGAGGAAAUUGGAUCAGACAAUUAUGAGGAAACGUCUUGAUAUUCAGGAAGCCUUGAAAAGACCGAUCAAGCAAAAACGGAAACUCCGUAUCUUUAUAUCGAACACUUUUAACCCGGCAAAGUCUGACGUUGAGGAUGGAGAGGGGACCGUGGCCUCAUGGGAGUUGCGUGUAGAAGGUCGGCUUCUUGAAGAUGCAGCUUUGUCCAAAUAUGAUGCUACCAAACAGAAGAGGAAGUUUUCAUCCUUUUUCAAGUCUCUGGUCAUUGAACUAGACAAGGACUUGUAUGGACCUGAUAACCAUCUGGUGGAGUGGCACAGAACGCCGACCACACAGGAGACAGACGGGUUUCAGGUCAAACGACCAGGAGACGUAAAUGUGCGCUGCACUGUGCUGCUGAUGCUGGACUACCAGCCUCCUCAGUUUAAGCUGGAUCCCCGGUUGGCUCGUCUUCUUGGGAUCCACACGCAGACUCGCCCGGUUAUUAUCCAAGCCCUAUGGCAGUAUAUUAAAACACACAAACUUCAGGACCCACAUGAACGAGAGUUUAUAAUCAGCGACAAGUAUUUACAGCAGAUAUUCGAAUCUCAAAGGAUGAAAUUUUCCGAGCUUCCUCAGCGACUCCAUGCCCUCCUCAUGCCUCCGGAGCCUAUCAUAAUUAAUCACGUCAUCAGUGUGGAUCCCAAUGACCAGAAGAAGACGGCGUGUUAUGAUAUUGAUGUUGAGGUGGAUGAUACCUUGAAAACCCAGAUGAAUUCCUUCCUGUUGUCUACGUCCAGCCAACAAGAAAUUGCAGCUUUGGAUAACAAGAUCCACGAGACUAUUGAAACUAUUAAUCAGCUGAAGAUUCAGAGGGAAUUCAUGUUAAGCUUUGCACGUGACCCUCAAGGAUUCAUCAACGACUGGCUACAGUCUCAGUGCCGUGACCUCAAGACAAUGACCGACGUUGUGGGCAAUCCAGAAGAGGAGCGCAGAGCAGAGUUUUAUUUCCAGCCAUGGGCUCAGGAAGCCGUAUGUCGGUACUUCUACUCCAAGGUGCAGCAAAGACGUCAGGAGUUGGAGCAAGCCCUGGGGAUUAGAAACACAUAAAACUAGUUCUGGCCAAAUAGAAUCUGCCUAUGGAUGUAUUUAAUGGGGUGUUCUUCAUUGCAAACAUUUCAGCAUCUUCUCGAGGCUUUAGGAAGCUGCUGUAGAGUGUUAUUGAGGCCUCUACCAAAUGACUGACAAGUGGAAUAACGACACACUUAUAGUGCUAUUUAUACUGGUCCCAGAGGAUACAUUUAAGGCCAGGAAAUAUUUUGAGGGCUGACUUCUAAUAUACCUUGAAGGAUCAAGUAUUUUUAUCCUUUCCCCCUUAUGUGUUUGUUUUUUUAUGUUAUAUUCGUCACGUUUAACCUCCUAUUCUCUCUCACGGAUGGAAAAAAUAUCAACAAAAAAUAAAAUCUGUAGGCCUUGUCUAGUCGGUUACUCUUAUCGUGCUCCUGAUGUAUAUGUAAAGCAGCUUUUCAUGUUUAUUCAUGGACAUAUACUGCAUAGACCUUUUAAAGUGUAUAUCGGCUAUACCGUGGAGGAAGCCAUUUUUGUGAGCUGGGCCUGUGUUUAUGGAUGCAGCCUUUCAGUUCUUCAGGAACUAAAAUAUGAACUCACAAAGUGUCUGCUUCCACUGUGUUUAAGUACACUUUUACAAACUACAUUAACUAAAUAUAAGAGCACUGCUGAAAUAGUCUUCAGGACUGUCAUUUAGAGAUUAUCAAAGACAUAUUUACCUGUGCUGUCUUACAUAGGUAUACUGAAUAAAGUUAGUGGCCCACAUAACGUGGGUCUAUUUGUUUGUUUUUUGUUUGUUUUUUAAGUGGAAAUGGUUACAUAUUUUUGGACUGAGAAAUCAGUCUGUAGAUUUCAUUAAUGAAGGACUGUUUACACAGCAGAGUGUACAGUAACAUAUUACAGCAUAUGCAGUCUGAAGAAUGGGCUCUAGAUAUGCUGCUUUGCUCUCCGGGAUACAUCCCUAGAAGCUCUCCAAUCUCCCUCACUGAAUGUGCCCUGAGCACCUCUAUUCUCAUAAGAUGUAGCCUUUUUUAUUUUUAAACGGAUUAUGGUUUUGAUGGACCAAAAUAUUGUUUUGUAUCUUGUAGUCAUUGCCAAGUUUUAAUAAAAGCAAAUUCUGACUAA